UUCCCCCUCUGUGCUCACCCAUUCCUGAACCCAGCCGCCGCUCGCUCAUCGGAGUUAGAUCAGAUCCGGCAACACGCCCACCCACACGAACAGAGCGGAGAAGCAGUUCCAAAGCACCAAUCCGAUAGCAAAUGACCGUAGCUGGGCUCGAGUUACCUCCAGGCUUCAGAUUUCACCCUACUGAUGAGGAGCUAGUCCUUCACUACCUCUGCAGAAAGUGCUCCUCUCAGCCCAUCGCCGUCCCCAUUAUCAAGGAGAUCGAUCUUUACAAAUACGACCCCUGGCACCUUCCUGAAUUGGCUGUCUGUGGUGAAAAGGAGUGGUAUUUCUUCUCCCCAAGGGACCGCAAGUACCCCAACGGCUCCCGCCCCAACCGUGCUGCUGGUACCGGCUACUGGAAGGCUACCGGCGCUGACAAGCCCAUCGGCCGCCCCAAACCUCUUGGCAUCAAGAAGGCACUCGUUUUCUACGCCGGCAAGGCCCCAACCGGCGUCAAGACCAAUUGGAUUAUGCACGAGUAUCGCCUCGCCAACGUUGACCGAUCCGCUACCAAGAAACCCAACAACUUGAGGUUGGAUGACUGGGUGCUGUGUCGUAUCUACAACAAGAAGGGAUGCAUAGAAAAGCAUUACCAAUCCACCGACGACAAGGCAACCGAAUUCCCAGACUUCGAGGAAGAGAAGCCCAUUAUUACGAUGCCUAGCACCACCAACAUGCUACACCUCCCAAUCCAUAACAACCAAUUGCAUAUGGACACUUCGGAUUCGGUGCCCAUAAUGCAUACCGACGACUCCAGUGGCUCCGAUCCGGUGACAUCGCCGGAGGUCACGUGGGAUAAGGAGGUCCAAAGUGAACCCAAGUGGGGUGGAGGAGCACCAGACUUUGACUUUUUCCAGUUCAAUUACAUGGAUUCUUUCUCCAUGACUGAGGACGAUCCAUUUGGAAGUCAGGUUCCGUUCCAGAUGGACCAUCUGCCGCCAUUUCAGGAUAUGUUUUCGUGUUUACAGAGGCAGAUUUAACCACACCACCACCGCCGCCGCCGCCGUAAGGGCAUGGACUAAGGGGUUGCAUUCAACCCCAUUGCCAGGCUUCCGCUUUCUACUAUAUAUAACAUAAUAUCCAUAUUUUUAGCAGAUUCUUUGAUGAACCCAAAACCAAUAUGCCCAAAAGUAUUGUGAUGUCUCCUUUUUUUUGCUGGAAUGAAGAAUUUAGUUAGAAGAGAAUUGACCGACCUCUGCUUCUAGAGUUGACGACCUUCAUCAUCCCUAUUCGAGCCCCUCUCAUUCAAGCCUCGUAUAAUCCCAAGGCUGCCUGCAACUGCGACAAACCAAAUGAUGCUGCUGCACCAGACAUGAAUGAAAUCAGAUUGAUUUUUGUAAUUCCAAAAGCAGAAUUAAUAAAUAAUGUCAGUUCCAAUUCUA